UAGGUCAGUUAAUACUUAAGACGCGAGUUCAGCAUCGUGCAGACUAUUCGCGCAGGAUCGUCCGUUGGACCACGAAAUGAGUCGAUCCGAAAAGAAUUACCGAGAGUGUGCGAGCGAACGAUAACGAAAUUCUUCCAAUUAUAUCGAUCAGUUCUUAUCUUUUGACACUUGCUGGAAGAAAGGAACAAGUGAAAAUAUUCGACUCGUAAAAGCGCCAUCCUUCCAUACGUCGUCGUAUAUUAUUCGUCGUCGAGCCUAAUCGUCGUUCGAGCCUCUGGAUCGUGGAUCUUUGAAAUUCGGGGGAAGGGGGGGGGCAGUCAGGCAGAGGCAAAAGACUUUGCAAUUUUGAACGUACCGAUGAACAAACAUAGGCUCUUGCAUUUCGGACCUAAAACCUAGUGUUCGAAUAGGAGCAUAGGAGAAGCAAGAUUUUCAAGUGUUUCCCACGCGGACUCGGAAUAAAGUGCAGUGCCUCGAGCGGACCGAAUUCUUUACCUUCGUGAGCCGAUCUCUCAUUGGGAGACGCAUAGAAGUCUCAAGUUGACAGGACGUACUCGUUGUCGAGGACGAUGGAUCGUUUACAAGACGGCACGAUGAAGGAGAAGAAAAGAGAUGUGAAAUUCCGGGAGGAUGGUGGAAAAGGCAAGCUCGGCGGCGCGGGAGGUUUAACGGAUUCAAUGAGAUGGCAUCGGCAGCGGCAGAGUUAGUGGUCGAGAGGGAACCGGAACCGAUGCGAGAGAUGGUUGAUGGGAACCGGACGACGUUCGUCGGUGCCCAAGGCUUGGUCAAAUUGGCCCUCGAACAGUACACGGAAAUCCUGGCGAGCGCCUCGGAUCCGCGCGUUGGCAAUUGGCCUCUUAUGGAAUCCCCGAUACCAACGGUCGUCAUAGUUCUACUCUAUCUCUAUUCCGUGACGAUAGCCGGUCCACGUAUGAUGUCCAACAAAAAGCCUUAUAAUCUCAGAAACGUUCUCAUCGCCUACAACGCCUUCCAGGUCAUCUUCUCUCUGGGAAUGCUUUACGAGCACCUGAUGUCCGGAUGGCUGUUGGACUACAGUUACAAGUGCCAGCCAGUCGAUUAUUCUCACAAUCCGUCCGCUUUAAGAAUGGCGAACCUUUGUUGGUGGUACUUUAUCAGCAAGUUUACCGAAUUCGCCGACACGGUUUUCUUCGUCUUACGAAAGAAGAAGAGUCAAGUGACGUUUCUACAUUUGUAUCAUCAUUCUUUGACGCCUUUGGAGACAUGGAUUUGCGUUAAAUUUAUUCCCGGUGGACACGGCACCCUAGGAAAUCUCAUAAACAACGCGGUCCACGUGGUCAUGUACGCUUAUUACAUGUUGGCUGCCAUGGGACCCGAAUACAAAAAAUAUUUGUGGUGGAAGAAACAUCUCACCACGAUUCAAUUGAUCCAAUUCUUUUUAGUGUUCGUGCAUAGCGCGCAGGCCUUGAUCUUCGACUGCGGAUACCCGAAGCUGGUCGCAAUCCUCUUACUGCUUCACUCGGCGAUCUUCUUUGUUCUUUUCUCCGAUUUUUAUCGGCGGGCCUAUCGCAGAACGAAGUCGAUCGAUAAGACGAAGGUGGAUUGAGAUUGGGGGAGAAGGAUGGGCCGUACAAAAAGAGAAAGGAGAGGAGGAAGAAGAAAGGAAGCGAAAGGAGAAAGCGGCUGUUUCUCCUUCCUUCUCCUUCUUUCUUUUAAAUUGCGCGUUCCAACUGGACCUCGCGAACGUGAAGGAAGGAAGGAAGGAAGGAAGGAAGGAAGGAACGGAGGAAAAAACGCAGGACGUUUUCACGAACAACAUGAAUGAAUUUUGUUAAAGGGAGGCGAGAGAGCGAAUAGGAUUUUUUCGCCUUCCUCUUCUCGGUCGAUUAAUUGGAAUUGAAAGAAGAGGAUACGGCCUCUUACGUAAGGAAGCUUCGGAGGAUUCGACGAGGAAGACGGGGUAAAAUGCUUGGAUAGGAGGAACCAAGGACAAUCCGCGAAUUCUCUUUCGUUCAUCGAAUCGAUCUCGAUGUCCUUUCAAGAUUGAAAAAAUGUGAAAACGGACGGCAGAGAAAAUCGAUCGAGUAUAAUAUUUCUAAAUUCCUGUCGGUCUGUUAAAGCGCUUUUAAAAAAUAUUUUUCUUCGCUUUUUAUCUUUUUCCUGUCUUCUUUUUCUUUUUUACGCUCGAAACUCCGGUCGUAUCACCAUAAAAGCCAAAUUUUCAACGAUCGAUCGUUAAAGUCGUCGUUUCCUUUCUCCUCGAUUAUUAUUUCUCUCUCUCUCUCUCUCUCUCUCUCUCUCUCAAGGUGCCACUUCCGAUUCUUCGCGAGCUCGACUCGACACACGUAUGUGCGAUAGAUGGCAUUUUUCCUUUUUUUAUUUAUUUGUUUUCUUUUUUUCUUUCUUUUCUAUGUUUACCUAUACCUAUAUGCGCGACACGAAGGAUUUUUACUUAUUUCGCAAAAUGAAAAGGGUUGCGCCUACAAAGGUCCUUGUUUUUUGUUUGGCUCAUAGACGAUAAAAGAAAAAAUAAAAAUUUGUCAUAUCGUUUUUGGCCGAUGUCGAUCUGUUCUUCAAUUUCUAAAUCCCUUUUUCUUGACAGUCCUGUAUGCAUAUAUGCGAAUUUUAACGGGGCUAGUGUUUCUAUAACGUCGUCCUGUACAUAUGCAUUCGUAUAUGUGUAUCAUAUACACAGAAAAAAACCGAUAAAGCAAGAUGUAUGGCUUCGAGAGGACUCUCGAGAAGACUUUGCAUGCGACGAGUUCUCGAGCGAUGCAAUUUUUUCUUUUCCCUUUUUCUCCUUAGAUCAUCACUGCUUCCGAAAUAGCGAGGGCACUUUCGCGAGAGACAAAUCCCGAUGAUGCUAUCGACGAGAAAAAAUCUUUUCUCCUUCGCGUUGCCAUUUGACCAUUGCCAAAAAAAAACAAGAGAAACAAAAAAAAACAACAAAUAAAAUUUCGAAGAGAAUCAAUAAUAAGCGGAUAGAGCGAACGAACGAACGAACGAACGAACGAACGAACGAACGAAUAAAUCCGCGUAGAUAUCACUUUUUUUGGCACCUUCCUCGAGGAUCGACGACGCUCGAGCAACGGCGAAUGCCUGGAUUAAAUUUUCUUUGAAAUCGAAUAGCGAUAGGACGUACGAUGGUCGCGCGACGGCGCAAUCCAGGACGCACCGCGGGUCGAUAAAUUCUCUCUUCCGAGUGUACGCGCGCGCGCGCGCGCGCGCGAAAGAGAGAGAGAGAGAGAGAGAGAGAGAGAGAGAGAGGGAGAGAGAGAGAUCAAGCCAAAGUAAAACUGUCCAAAGUGAAACGGCCGAUCUUUCCACACAUGCAGCUUUGUAUAAUAAAGUUCUUUUAUCCCGUCGCUUUGUUCCUACGAAAGCGUCAGAAAGACGAGACAGUAUACGCAAUAAGGACAUUACUUGACACAUUCGAUUAAAAUUGGACGAUCCUAUAAUGAUCUGUUCUGAGAAGAAUUUUUUUUAAACUGUUUUAAUUGGCCCUAAUGAAAAAUUACGAAGAAAAGAAAAAAGAAAAUAAGCAAACGAGCCUUGCCGGUUCUGAAAAUCUGAAAAUGCCAAGGACAAUCUAUCGACAACCUAUUCGCGAAACACGAAGAAAGAACCACUAUCUAGAUUAAGAUCUAGACGAUAGGAAUAUUGUUAUUACGUGUUUUGUAAAUAUUUUCUUUGUAUUUUCUCCUUUUGUAACGCCAACUACAAUAUCAUUUCUUUCCAGUCGUA